AUGCGUGUCCACUAUUUAAUCUGGAUUUGGAUUCACUUCUCCUUUGGCGAGUCUGAAUUUCAUUACCCAUGUCAGGAAAUCUGCCUUUGCAAAGAAGGGGCCAAGUUUGUGAACUGCUCUGGAGUCAAUGUGACUGACAACCUCAUCUUCCCACCUGAGACUGAGCACUUGGAUUUGUCCAUCAGUAACCUGUAUUCUGUUCCAAGCAAAGUUCUGAGAUCCCUGUGGAAGUUACAAGUUCUACUUCUGAGUGGGAACUACAUCACCGAAGUUGGAGAGAGAGCAUUUAGCUCUUUAGAGAGACUCCAGAAGCUUGAUAUCCAUAGAAACGAGAUUACAGUGCUUGGAAGCAGUUUUUCCACAGGGCUCACCUCUCUCAGAGAGCUGAAUUUGUCCUAUAAUAGGCUCCAGGAACUAUAUUACAGGAACUUCCAGCAUUUUGAGAACCUUCAGAAGCUCAGCUUCCAAUAUAACAACAUCUCCUCCAUAGAAAUGGGAGCCUUCCGGAGUCUGACCCGCUUGAGGCAGCUUCAUCUUCAAAAUAAUCACCUCUUGAACCUCCACAAUGGGGUCUUCUCCAUGCUGCAGCAUUUAGAGUUUCUGAACUUGGAGGGCAACAGGAUAAAGACGAUUUCUCCUGGGGUCUUUACAUCCUUGAAUAGCCUAACGGUACUUAACUUGGUGCACAAUGAAAUUGAACAUAUCCGAUUCAAAACCUUCCUAACAAUCCAGACCCCUGGGACACACAUCUUGCUCUCCUACAACCCGUGGAUCUGCGACUGUGACCUGCAGAGAGUCUUUGCAAAGCUGCACAGUGUCAAGCGGCUGAUCUUGGAUGACUACGACAACAUGACAUGCAUGGAGCCGCAAGUCCUGAGAAACCUGUCCCUGUCAUCAGUGGACACCCAGCUCUGCGUCGCAGAGACUGUGACGGUUCUCGUCAUUACCUUCACAGUGUUCAUUACUGUGGUGGCAGCUAUUGUGAUGGCUGAGAGGAACAGGAAGAAAAGGACAGGCAAGCACUGGAGUGAGGACAGUGACAUCUCUUACGAAUCACAAGACUGAGCUUGCUAUCAGGGCCUUUCUCCAAAACUUUUAUUACUUGAACAUGUAAUAAGCAAUCUAGGUCAGACUUUGCGGUUUCUUUUGGAGGAUGGUUAUGAGAAAACAUUGGUGGCUGUAGCCUGAGCUCUGUCCUGCCAGAUGGUGAAGAACCUCACCUGAAAGGAAGGCAAAAGUUUGAAACAACUUCCUCAGAAGGGACUUGUUGGACAGGUUGUUUCUGCCCCCGGAGACAUGCCUGCUGCUUGUUCCUUGUGAUUUUAGCACAAGCUCCAUGACACCAGAGGGUCUGUACUGAAUCUUCCACUACAGUGAAAAGAACAAAACUUAACUGCCAAUUAUAGAGAUAACCUCAAAGUUAAA